AUGAUCGAUAUUCCCGUUGAUGCCACUGUUCAACCUCUGUUGAUCGAGUCGAGAUCUGCUCCUGCUUAUUGUUGCCUGAUCGAUGAUGUAGAGCCAGAUGAUGGUUUGCCAUGGUAUCACGACAUAUAUCACUUUUUGAGACUCGGCGUAUAUCCUGAGGCCACCACGACCAAGGAUAAGAGAGCAUUGAGACAGUUGGCCACUCGAUUCAUGAUUUGCGGCAAGACACUGUACAGGCAAUCACCUGACGGGAUGCUAUUAUUGUGUUUGGACCGCGCCUCUGCCGAUCGAGUGAUGAGAGAGGUUCAUGCUGGAGUCUGCAGACCACAUAUGGGAGGACAUAUGUUGGCUCGGCAGAGGUUGACACCUUGGUACAGCGAUAUAGCAUCCGACAUCAUAGGUCGUCUGCGUACAGGCCGCAGACGAACGGGGCAGUAG